UUUCCUUUUUAACUGAUCGUGUCUUUGCGUUCCUGAAACGAGUUUCUGCUUGGCGCAAGACGGCGUUGGGCGGAGAUGGCAAUGGAAGGAAAGGCUCAGUUCGAUGGUUCAGAGAUAGAGUAUGUGAGCUAUAACGGGGAGCAUCACCUGCCAUUGAUUAUGAAUCUGGUUGACCAGGAGCUGAGCGAACCCUAUUCCAUUUUCACUUAUCGCUACUUCGUCUAUCUCUGGCCCCAACUCUCUUUCCUCGCAUUUCACAAGGGAAAAUGCGUUGGCACUGUAGUGUGCAAGAUGGGAGAGCAUCGCAAUACUUUCAGAGGUUACAUCGCUAUGCUUGUCGUUCUCAAUUCUUACAGGGGCAGAGGUAUUGCUACAGAACUUGUUACCAGAUCAAUUAAAGUGAUGAUGGAAUCAGGUUGUGAAGAGGUAACUCUAGAAGCAGAAGUUACAAAUAAAGGAGCGCUUGCAUUAUACAGUCGUCUUGGAUUUAUCAGAGCUAAGAGACUUUUCCGGUAUUAUUUGAAUGGAGUAGAUGCUUUUCGACUCAAGCUGCUAUUUCCUCGCCCGGAAUCUAACUUCCCAACAGACAAUGAGAGUCAUAGGCUUCUUACAGGUGGCAUACAGCCUGAAGAAAAUUCUAUGCUCCAAAACAGCAUGUAACAAGAUAUUUUUAUGUUAUACAGCUAGAUAUUCACUGUAAUUGUGUAAUAUAGCAGAUACAUUGUUUCAUGUCAUAAGAAAUUUAUUGAAGUAAGGUCACUUAGCUACCAGAACUUUUGAGUGCGUGUUUGAACAAUUUUUUAUUUCUUUAUUUUUUUUCCUGUUCAAUUAAACAAUGCUAUCAAAUCAUGCACCGAAAGGUAGUUUCAUUAUAUA